CCGGAGCGCGUUCCAUGCCCGGAAAACGAAGCGCGAUUAAACAAAGGUGGAGUGCGGCGGACCGCUCGCGGAAACGACCCGGCCCGGGCGCCGGCGACGGAAUCGGAAGCCGACGGACCCUUUCGGUUUCUUCGGGUCUUGUCCCCUCUUCGACCUUAAGCGCAUGCAUGGAUGUGACCUUUGUAGGAGUACGUGACUGCGGGGAUGUAGCGGGGGGGUCGGGGCGAAGAUAUAGACUUCAAAGGUGCUCGAUCCCAGGAGUGGAGGACGCGGAGUGGGAAGAGGCCGGUGACCCUCGCGGGUGGACGAAGCCAUGAAGAGUGGGUACCUCCGUUGGCGAGGGUGGAUUUCUUUGGAAUGUUGGCAACGAAGCAGGCGCCACUAGACGGCGGGGGGCACCUCCAAGGAAUGGGAUCGGAGCGUGGCCUAGGUCCAGGUCCAGAACCUUCGAGACCAGUCGGCGAAGAUGUUCAGUUCCCUGCGACUGGCGACUAUGCGCUCGCACAAGAGUCGCGCCCGCCCCGGGAGCGUGGCCACUUCGGCGAGCUCGGACUCCACGGUCAGGUCGGACGACGCGUCCGGACAGCAGCAGCAGCUUCACCAACACAACUUCAUCAUCCUGGAUGAGGUGGACGGCAGCGCGGCGUGUCCGCAAAGUGUAUCCUCGAAGGUGGCCCAGGUCAGGGUCGAAAGGGAAGGUGGCAGCCUCGGGGUGACUCUGCGCGGGGGAGUCGCGAAGGCGCUGGUGGUCAUCGGAGUCAAGGCGGACGGUCCGGCCGCCAGGGAGGGUCGGGUCAGACCCGGCGAUAGACUUUUGGCGGUCGACGACACGGAACUCAGGGGUCUUACCCUGGCCGAAGCCCAGAGGGCUCUUAGGAGGACCUCCGACGCCCCGAUCACGUCCUUGACCAUUGAAUACGACGUGGCGAACAUGGAGGAGACGCGCGCCGCCACCUCGGGUCCGCUGUUGGUUCAGCUGGAGCGCGGCUUGUCGGGAGAACUCGGAUUGACGGUGCGAGAAACCCCGAGCGGAGUUUACAUCGAAAGUCUUCGUCCCGCAAGUACCGCGGAUCGUUGCGGGGCCUUGCAACCAGGUGACCGACUCCUGGCAGUGGACGACACGGCGGUCCAGGACGCCAUAGGAGCCGCAAAAUUGCUCAGGAACACUUCGGAGAACUGCCGGAUAGCAAAGCUGCAGAUCUUGCCGAGACCCCCGAGCGCAUCCACGAGAACGGUCAAAAGAAGGGCUCAACCGCAGGCUCAACAGAAUUCCAACCAAACGUUGUACACGAAGGAGAGCCUCACCGUCAUCCUGAGGCCCGAUCACAGAGGGUUAGGCCUAGCUUUGAGACCGUCGGAGGACCGGAUGAACUACGUCGUGGAUUUGCUGGAGGCCGGCGGUCCCGCCGAGAGAAGCGGCGUUCUGCUUCCCGGCGACAAGGUGAUUGCCGUCAACCGGAGAAUACUUCGCGACCUGCAGCCUGCGGAGGUUGCCGCGAUUUUGGACUCCUCCCAGCAGGUAGAAUUAGUGACGGAAUACAAAGUGGGCGGUCCAGUUGUGCCCAGUUCGGGGGUAUUCACGGUGCGAGUUGCGCGGCCUCUUGGAGGUCAGCCAGAUUUGGGAUUAACGGUGAACGAAGAGUUGGUGAUCUCCGAAGUGCGACGCGGUUCCUUGUCGUACCGGACGGGGAGUUUGGCUCCUGGAGACAGACUUUUGGCCAUCGAUGGACAGAAACUGGAUCCGGGCGAUCUCAGGCAGGCUGCACAAUUGUUGCACAGACCUGGAAGUUCGGUGGUUGCAUUGACAGUAAGGAAACCGGACACCUCUUCGGAUACAAGAGAACCCAGCAUAGGAAGCGACACCAUACAGCCACAGUACCCUGCCGGCAUUCUGCGUUCAGCUAGGGAGAGUCUUCCGAGUGUCGACAGCGCCGUAGACUCCUGGGGAGACAUGGGCGAAGGCAAUGGAACCGGUCCCGAAAUCCUAAGGCUCUGGGAUACGGCCUCUGUUGACAGCGGCCAGCCCGAAUUACCUAUACCUACGUAUCCAUGUUCCCCCGGGCGUAGCGGAUCCGAUAGAUCCCAACAAAUUGUGCACGUCUCCUUGCACAAGGAUCCAGUUUACGAAGACUUCGGUUUUUCCGUGUCCGAUGGUUUGUACGAACGAGGAGUGUACAUCAAUCGUCUGAGGCCUGGUGGACCCUGUGACGGAGUAUUACGGCCUUAUGACAGAAUUCUCAGAGUAAACGAGGCCAGUACAGAGGACUGCGACUGCUGCUUGGCGGUACCACUUAUAGCGGCAGCAGGUCCCCGAUUGGACCUGACCAUAGUAAGACCACUCUCGCCUCAGAACAUAACGAAAACUCUCUAAAGUCGCAUACAUACGUUAUUUAUUUAUGCCGGC